AUGAGGUCUUCAUUGUUAAUUGUAUCAGUUGCGAUCUUUGCAACUUCUACCUUUGCUCAGAAUGAUGGAGACUUAACUCCUCCCAGUUAUCCAUCUCCAUGGAUGAAUGGCAAUGGAGAUUGGGCAGAGGCAUAUGCUAAAGCAAAGAGAUUCGUAAGCCAGCUUACCCUUCUUGAGAAAGUCAACUUGACCACCGGUGUUGGUUGGGAAGGCGAAGCUUGUGUGGGAAAUACUGGUGCAAUCCCUCGACUUAAUUUUCCGGGACUUUGUUUACAAGAUUCUCCUCUCGGUAUUCGAUUCACUGAUUACAAUUCUGCUUUCCCUUCGGGAAUGAAUGCUGCUGCAACAUGGAGUUAUGAUUUAAUGAACGCUCGAGGUAUUGCUAUGGGAAAGGAGCAUCGAGGAAAGGGUAUAGAUGUUCAAUUGGGUCCUGUAGCAGGCCCCCUCGGAAGAGCACCGGCAGGUGGAAGAAACUGGGAAGGUUUCAGUCCAGAUCCCGUUCUUACAGGAAUUGGAAUGAUGGCAACAAUUGAAGGAAUUCAGGAUGCUGGAGUCAUCGCUUGUGCAAAGCAUUUUAUCAUGAAUGAACAAGAGCAUUUCAGAGAACCUGGUAACUCAAACGCUGCAUACUCUGCAAAUUUGGACGACAAGACAAUGCACGAACUUUACUUAUGGCCAUUUGCCGAUGCCGUCAGAGCUGGAGCCGGUGCAGUCAUGUGCUCGUACAAUCGUAUUAAUCAAACUUAUGGAUCCGAGAAUUCCUGGACCCUCAAUUACUUAUUGAAAAAUGAAUUAGACUUUCAAGGUUUUGUCGUGAGUGAUUGGUGGGCACAGCAUAAUGGCAUUGCCAGUGCAUUGGGUGGACUUGAUAUGACCAUGGCUGGAGAUCAAAACCUUGCUUCAGGUAACACAUAUUGGGGCACUUGGCUCACCAAUGCUGUCCUUAAUGGCACAAUCCCUCAAUGGCGCCUUGAUGACAUGGUUGUUCGCAUCAUGUCAGCAUACUACAAGGUUGGCAGAGAUACUGCUAAGGUUCCAGUAAACUUCAAUUCAUGGAAUCUUAGCACAUACGGCUACCAGCAUCCACUUGCGAACGAAGGCUUUACACAAAUUAACGAACAUGUCAAUGUCCAAGAUGAUCAUGCCUCGCUAAUCCGAGAAAUUGGUGCCAAAUCGACCGUUCUCUUGAAGAACACAAAAGGUGCAUUACCAUUGCGUAAUCCGAAGAGCAUAGCAAUUAUCGGAGAAGACGCCCAUGAUAACCCGGGUGGCCCAAAUGCCUGUGGAGAUCGUGGUUGCAAUAUUGGCACACUUGCUAUGGGCUGGGGUUCCGGUACCGCAAACUUUCCGUAUUUAAUAUCUCCCGUUACAGCAUUGAAAGCAAAAGCAGCAGAAGGUUAUGGUCAAACAACUGUCAGGAAUGUCAGCAACAAUUAUAACUUUGCUGCUGUCGCCGAAGCAGUAAAAGGAGCUUCUGUUGCAAUAGUAUUCGCCAACGCUAACGGCGGAGAAGCUUUUAUUACCGUCGAUGGAAAUCACGGAGACCGAAACAAUCUGACCUUAUGGGGUAAUGGAGAUGCUCUUAUUGAUUAUGUUGCAUCUAUCCACGAAAACACAGUGGUUGUCCUUCACACGAUCGGACCCGUGAUUGUUGAAGCAUACAAGAAUCACCCCAAUGUAACCGCCAUUCUUUGGGCCGGUUUACCUGGUCAAGAAUCCGGAAAUUCUCUCACGGACGUCUUAUACGGUGAAGUAAAUCCACAAGCAAAAUCUGUCUUCACAUGGGGAAAAACUCGCGAAGAUUACGGAACAGACGUCGAAUAUACCAUCUCCACUCCAGAUCCCCAAUUGAAUUUUAAAGAGGGUGUAUUUGUUGAUUACCGUCACUUCGACGCCGCAAAUAUUGAGCCAUCCUACGAAUUCGGUUUCGGCCUCUCAUACACCACAUUCUCAUACUCUAAUCUGCACAUCCAACCUCAUCACGCUUCUACUUAUAAGCCAACACGAGGUAGAACAUUAUCUGCUCCAACAUUCGGUACAAUCAACUAUAAUGCAUCGGCAGCGCAGUUCCCGCCAGGAUUCCAUAAAGUUCCUGGUUACAUCUAUCCAUAUCUUGAGGGCCCAUUGGUCGCAAAUCAAAGUGUUGAACUCCCUCUACACUCAACAGAUAGCUCACCACAACCACUCCUCGCAGCUGGUGGUGAACCAGGUGGUAAUCCGGGCUUGUAUGAUGUGCUUUACACCGUAACUGCCAAAAUUACCAACACCGGUAAGAUACCUGGAACAGAAAUUCCUCAACUUUACAUAUCCCUCGGCGGUCCCACCGACCCCAAAAUCGUCCUCCGAGGCUUCGACGACAUGGAGCUCGAACCCCACGAAUCCGAUACCUUCAAAUACGAAAUCACCAGACGCGAUAUCAGUAAUUGGGAUCCGGUAACUCAAAAUUGGGUUAUUACUGAGUAUCCCAAGACGGUGUAUGUGGGUAGUUCGAGUAGGUAUUUGGUUUUGAGUGGGACUUUGCUGUAG